AUGAUCUAGAAUUAAGAUCAAAAGCUUUAAUAAAAGUUGCAAGCUCUAAAUGACCUGAAAGAAAGCAUGACUCAGCCAACAAAAAUUGGUUUGGCAACUACUAGUGAUAGUUUUAAUCGAACCAGAGUGUUAACUAAAGACUAUCAUAGCCAUUAGCGUGAACAAAUGGAAAAUAUAAAUACCUCUUACAAGUGGGGUAGCACGUAGGAUAACUUAUCUAUAGGGAAUCAGAGCCAACUGCUUUCAGACAUGCAAUUUGAGAGAUAGAAUGAAGAUCCAGAGCUAAGAAAGCUCAGGGACAAAUAUCUCGAAAAUAAUGAAACAAACAUUUCUCAUGCUGACUAAAGAUUUGAAUAGUAGCUGGGAACUACUCAAACUGCAACUACUUCUCAAAAUCAGCAUCAAAGAAAUCAAUCUUUCUCUUAUAUGCCAAAAAAAGAGGAAGUGUCUCAUAGAUCAUCCAUUAAUAAAAGUUUUGAAAUUGGAGUUCACCAGAGAUAGCAAUCAUAUGUCUUGAGAGACGUUCAUAAUGAGAAAAAGGAAAUAUUGCACAAAAUCUUUUAAAGAUCAAGAGAGAGUUCUCCAAAAGAUCAGUAUUAAAAGGUAUCAGACAAUCAAAAUAAUGAAAGAUUAAUUGAAAGAGAAGUAAAAACUAAUGGUGAUGAUCAGUUUUUCAAAUAGUAUUUGACUUAACAGUAUUAAGAACCUACUCAUAUUCCAAAACCAAAUAAGAAAUUCUAACCUUUAAAUCUUGAUGUGCUUCAUGAUAAGCAAAGAUAUAUAUCAAAUUUGAAUCUGAAUCCAUCAAACAAAGAAAUGACUAAGCCUCUUAGUGACAUGAUUAAUGAUAUUACAGAGAGAACUGAUUGCACCUAAAGUGGAAAGACUCUGCCAAGAUAAGAAUUCUACUAGAAGAGAAUAGAAUCAAAAGCAUAGAGUGUUAAGAGCUUAGUACCACACUUAAAACUACCCUCAAAUGAGAGUAACAGUAAAUCUCAAAACAGAUAGUAAAAUGCUAAAGAGAGCUCGUCUUUCAUUAACUCAGAUAUAAUGUCAAUUAAAAACAUGCAGAGAGACCAAAGUUCAUGCUUAAACAAAAUAAAAGAUAGAUUAGAAAAACAAGAAACAGAAAUUGUUGUAAAUAUCAAUAAGAGCGUAGAAAGAAUAGCUUCAGAAUUGUAAUAGCUUAAAAAUCAACUUUUUCAGUAGAAGAAUGAUGAUGAUUCAAGAUUCAUGAAACUACAAAAAGAUGUAAAAGACAUAAAGCAUUAUCUUAAGAGAAAGAGUAAGAAGCAAAGCAAAAGACAUUUGGGAAAAGAAAAUAGCGGAGCCAAUAUUGUUAUGAAUACAGGUUCAGACAUUCACUAUGGAGGCCAAAAAUCCUCAUCUCAUGGCUAAUAUCUUAGUAAUGAUGGCCUUAGUAAUGCUGAGAUGCCUUGCUAUAACAACUUAAAUUCUCCUUCAAACUUUGAAUACGAUCAUAAUGCAGAGAGAUAGCCAUAUGAAAUUGGAUCUGCUCACUUUGGAUAGGAAAAAAAUCUCUAAAAUUAAAGAAGAUCAGAAAGAGGCUAACGAAAUCAAUAAUAGAUGCAGCCACUAUAAGAAGUACAUCUUUAAAAUGUUUAAAAUUCUAAAAUACCUCCAUAACCCUCUCAUACCUCCUCAAGCAAUCAAUACUCCUAAAAUCAUCACUACUAAACAUAAGCCCCUUAAUAAGAUAGAAGUCCAAUAAAUGAUAAUAGAGUUUAUUAUGAUUUCCAAACUUUAAGCAACUAGAAUAAUCAAUCAUGUGCCCCUAUCUACGAUGAGUUCCCUUAAAAGCUCCCAUCGAAUUUAAAUAACUCUUAUCAGUAGAGAUCUAGAGAUCAUAACCAUUAUAAUCAAAAUGAACAAACUCUAACUCUAAACUUCGAGAUUGAGAAGGUGAGAGAAGAGUCUUAGAAGAAUAUCAAAGACUUAAAAUCUUUCUAUGAGACUCAGCUAUAAUAGAUGAGAGAAGAAUUCUAAAACAGAGAGAUUAUAUUGAAGGAUAAGAUGAAGUCAUAGAUAUAGGAUAGUAUGACUUAAGAGAGGUAAAAAUUAGCUGACUAGCUAUAAUUACUUGAAAGAGAGAAAGCUCAACUUCACUUCAAAAUUUAAUAAUAGUACAAUCAAGAAGCAAACUAGUAUAGAGAAGGCUAAGUUAUUUAAACUAAAACUUAAAUUUCACCCUCUCUAAACUAAGAUAUCAAUUUUAAGCAGCAAUAAAUAAAAGCCAAUUAUCAUCAUUAGAUUAAAAUUCAUCAGAAUCCAAUUGCUUCAAAUGAAAAAAUUCCCAAGGAUGAUCAGUUUUCAUCAAUCGAAAAUGGAGAAGUUGUUUCAUCAAAGAAAGAACAAAGAAGGAAAACUAGAGAAAGCAAGAGAUCUAAGGACUAUUCAAAUAUUCCCAUCGCUCACCCAAGUAAUUAUGUUUCUUCAGCUGGUAGAAGAAAGAAUUCAGAGAGACAAAGAGAUAGUAAUAAUCUAAACUAUAGUAUUCCAAUAUCAAGAGGCAAUCAAAAAGAAAAUACAUAUAAUUAAAUUAGAAGUCACAAUAGUGGUUCCAAUAACUAGCCUAAUGAUAAGCUAUACAUGAAAGAGAAAGAGAUCCUGAAUAGAAUUAAUAAGAUAGAAAGUUUCCUUAACAGAGCUUGA